AUGAGGUUCAUCUCUUGUCUCCAACUCCUCGUUACUUGCUCGGUGGCUUCACCGUUGCUUGGGCUUGAGAAUGCCGCAUUAGAGAAGCGGCAGGGAGGGCCGCCGCCGUCUCCUACCAACGGCAAUGGCGUCACAAUGGUCCCUCCGACCCAGAACCCUACCUUGCCAGGUUUUCCGGGAGGCAGACCGACUCUGGCCCCAGGUCCAAGUCCAACUCGAACUCUCGGGUCUCUCCCUCCCUCGACAAACCAACCAGCCCCGCCAUCCGGUCCCGUCGCGCCAUGCGCUGGAAAUACUGCCAACUCUAGGUCUCAAUGGUGCAAUUACUCGGUAGAUACCGACUACACCAAUGUGGUACCCAACACGGGCCGCACGCGAGAGUAUUGGUUGACCAUUACUGAGAUCACCGCUUCGCCUGACGGGUUCGCUCGCCCUGUCAUGGCCGUUAAUGGCACCGUUCCAGGACCCACGAUCAUUGGUGACUGGGGUGACACAAUGGUUAUUCAUGUCACCAACGGCCUGCAGACGUCUACAAACGGAAGUUCUAUCCACUGGCAUGGAAUCCGUCAGAACUAUACUAAUGAGUAUGAUGGAGUACCUUCCAUUACCCAAUGCCCAACGGCCCCAGGCGAGACCAUAACCUACACUUGGCGGGCGACACAGUAUGGUACUUCGUGGUAUCAUUCUCACUUUGCCCUUCAGGCUUGGGAAGGUGUCUUUGGUGGGUUGAUCAUCAACGGGCCUGCGACGGCAAACUACGAUGUGGACAAGGGCACUAUUAUUCUGAGUGACUGGAGUCACGCAACUUCUAACUCACUCUACGAUUACGCGCAGACCGUUGGACCACCUACAUUGGACAACGGAUUAAUCAACGGAACCAACACGUUUGAUGGUAGUGGAACGCGGUUUACUACAUCAUUCGUUUCAGGAACAUCCUACCGUCUUCGGAUAAUCAACAGCGCCAUCGAUACUCACUGGAAAUUCUCCAUUGACGGCCACACCUUGCAGGUUAUUGCAGCAGAUUUUGUUCCCAUCGUGCCGUAUACUACAAACUACAUCAACAUUGGAAUGGGGCAACGUUACGACGUCAUCGUCACAGCAAACCAAGCUUCAACAGCCCAAAACUUUUGGAUGAGGGCCAUCCCUCAAGAGGCAUGCUCGUCUAAUGCCAACGCGGACGACAUCUUGGGUAUUGUAACGUAUGGCACCGUUCAAGACCCGACUACAACUGCCUGGGACUAUACCGAUGGUUGCGAUGAUGAGACCAUGGAUCUUGUGCCGCACUUUGCGCAGAAUGUAGAAAGUGCCGACAUCCAGACCAGCGAGGACGUUUCAAUCGGCGUGCUAGGCAACCUCUUCAAGUGGACCUUGAACAGCACUACGCUGUUGACCGACUGGGGCGCGCCCACCUUGGGCCGCGUUCUCUCCGGCGACACUGUUUUCAAUGCUCAGGACAACAUCAUCACGCUCCCCAACAAGGACGACUGGUUUUACAUUGUCGUGGAAACCCAGAUUGGUGUCACGCAUCCUCUGCAUCUUCAUGGUCACGACUUUUAUGUUCUCGCCCAGGGGACAGGCAAUUUCACCAGCGACGUGACGUUGAAGACAACUAACCCAAUGAGACGAGAUGUCGCCAUGCUACCAUCCGGUGGUUAUAUUGUGAUGGCAUGGAAGACGGACAACCCCGGAAUCUGGCUUAUGCACUGCCAUAUUGGAUGGCACACUUCCGAAGGGUUCGCGUUACAGUUUGCCGAGCGUAUCAGCGAGAUUGCAAGCUUUACAAACACUCAGUAUAUCGAAGACCAGUGCAACGCAUGGAACUCGUUUAAAACAUCGAAAGGAGUGGUGCAAGAAGACUCGGGAGUUUAG